AUGGCCACUUCUCUCGCUGCCCGCCAGGCCAUCGCCUCCCUCACCUUCAGCGCAAGCGUGCGCGGCACUGCGCUCUCCACCCCUCGCCUCACCGCGACCCCCGCCGCCGCCGCGGUCCCCCGCGGCCUCGGUCUCACCACGACCGCGCUUUUCUCCAAGAAGGUCGCCGCCACCCCGGCGAAAUCCGCGAAGGCGGCUACCACCAAGAAGCUUCGCACGGAGGAUGGCAUCUUCGGCACGUCCGGCGGGUUCGGCUUCACGAAGGCUAACGAACUCUUCGUCGGCCGCGUCGCCAUGCUCGGCUUCGCCGCGUCGCUCCUAGGAGAGGCCGUCGACGGCAAGGGGAUUCUCGGACAGCUCAACCUCGAGACCGGAAUCCCUAUCACCGAAGCCGAGCCGCUCCUCCUCUUCUUCAUCGCUUUCACCGUGCUCGGCGCGGUCGGCGGGCUCGGCGACCGCGGGCGAUUCGUCGACGACGAGGCGCCGCGCUUCGUCCCCGCGAAGCCCGGGAGCCUGCGGUCCGUGCUGGGCCUCAGCGAGGAAGGCCCGCUCUUCGGAUUCACCAAGGCGAACGAGCUGUUCGUGGGGCGCAUGGCGCAAUUAGGGUUUGCCGCGUCGCUGGUGGGGGAGGUUAUCACUGGUAAGGGCGCGCUUGCUCAGCUUAACAUUGAGACGGGCCUGCCGGUUUGGGAGCUCGAGCCGCUUCUGCUUGGGAGCAUUGCGCUCUUGUUCGUCGCGGCGAUCAACCCAGGCACGGGCAAGUUCAUCAACGACGACGAGGAGGAGUAG